AUUUGGCCUUCCGGACAUACCGUAAUCUAACUUUUCUGGUCGGGCCUCAUAUUCAGCGAAUUGGUACUUCACCCUGGACGUUUCCCGUGAAGGUCGUGAAUUUAAAGGGUAUUUCAGCAUGUCUCUUCCAAAGCCCAUAAUGAGGGGUCUCCUCGCCAAGCGUUUGAGAUUUCACUUGCCCAUUGCUUGUAUUAUGGCCUUGUUGGCAGGAGCUACAUUCAAGUUCACAGUAGCAGAGCCCAGGAAACAGGCUUAUGCUGACUUCUACAAGAAAUAUGAUUCCAUGAAGGAUUUCAAUGCUAUGAGGGAAGCUGGUGUUUUUGAAAGUGUGAGACCCUCUGGUGAAUAAAAUUGUGAGUUCUACAUCUGCAUUCCUGCUCUGAUCCUGGACCUUGAUUACUGAAUGUGAACAUUGGUGUCCGAUGUUCUUGUGAACAUACUAAUAAAUCAUUUUGAACCUCUGUCCAACAA